UCUGCUAGCCCCCUUCACUAUUCGCUCUCUCAGUCUCUCGACAUUUCUCUAUCUCUAUCUUUCUUCACUUUUUCCAAAGCUACGUCUUUUUUGACAUGUUGGUCUCUCUCAUCGUCUCGGCUGCUCUUCUCUGCAACUGCAACAUCUGGGUGAGCGGCUUGAACGACGAGGGUUUCGCGUUAAUGUCCUUCAAGCAGGGCGUUCGCGAAGACCCAACAGGCUCACUGAGCAAUUGGAACUCGUCCGACAGUGACCCCUGUUCGUGGAACGGUGUCACGUGUAAGGAACUGAAGGUCGUCUCUCUAAGCAUCCCCAGGAAGAAGCUUUACGGUUCUCUCCCCCCGUCUCUAGGGUUACUUUCGAGUCUCCGCCAUUUAAAUCUCAGGAACAACAGGUUUCAUGGGUCCUUGCCGGUUCAGCUUUUUGAGCUUCAGGACCUCCAAAGUCUGGUACUUUACGACAAUUCGUUUUCUGGAUGGUUGCCGAACGAGAUAGGUAAGCUUAAGCUUCUUCAAACCUUAGAUUUGUCGGAAAAUCUUUUCAAUGGUUUUUCGAUUCUGCUAUGCAAGAGGCUUAGAGCGCUCGACGUGAGCCGAAACAACUUCUCUGGUCUUUUGCCAAGUGGGUUUGGCUCAGCAUUUCUCUCUCUGGAGAAUCUCGACCUCUCCUCCAACAAAUUCAGCGGCCCAAUCCCUAGUGACGUCGGAAAUCUGUCUAAUUUGCAAGGAACUGCUGAUUUCUCUCAUAAUCAGUUGGUUGGCUCGAUCCCACCAGGUCUUGGAAAUCUUCCUGAGAAAGUUUACAUUGAUUUAACACACAAUAAUCUAUCUGGUCCAAUUCCACAGACCGGUGCUCUCAUGAACAGAGGACCUACGGCCUUUAUCGGCAAUCCAGGACUCUGUGGUCCGCCUCUGAAGAACCUUUGCCCUGGUUCUUCUUCCCCGUACCCGUUUAUCCCAAGCAACAACCCUCCUCAGAAUUCUGACACUAACGCUCAAACCAGAGAAAAAUCAAGUGAGUUGAGCAAAAGCGGUAUUGCCAUAGUUGUCUGCGAUGUAGCCGGUAUCUGCCUCGUGGGAUUGCUUUUCGCUUACUGUCACUCCAAGUUUUGCGUUCGCAAAGAAGAGAACCGAUUUGGAUUCGACAAAGAGCCCAAGAAAACCAAAGAGUGUCUGUGUUUCCGGAAAGAUGAAUCGGAAACGCAAUCAAAGAACGUGGAACAGUUGGAUCUCGUGGCACUGGACGAUCUGGUGGCUUUCAACCUAGAUGAAUUACUAAAGGCGCCGGUUUUCGUAGUGGGAAAGAGUGGAACAGGGAUAGUGUACAAAGUUGUUCUCGAAGACGGAGUCACUUUGGCCGUCAGGAGAUUGGGGGAAGGAGGGUCGCAGAGGUUGAAGGAGUUUCAGAUGGAAGUGGAGGCCAUUGGCAAACUCAGACACCCAAAAGUUGCGAGUCUGAGGGCUUACUAUUGGUCUGUGGAUGAGAAGUUGCUCAUCUACGACUUUGUUCCCAACGGAAACCUCGCUACGGCUCUCCAUGGAAAGGCAGGGACGGUUUCAUUCACGCCCUUGACAUGGGAUUUGCGGUUGAAAAUAGUGAAAGGCAUAGCGAAAGGGCUGGUUUAUCUGCAUGAGUUUAGUCCCAAGAAAUACGUCCAUGGGGAUCUCAAGCCCAGUAACAUUCUGCUCGGACAUGACAUGGAGCCGAAGAUUUCAGAUUUUGGACUCGUAAGGUUGGCCAACAUUGCAGGAGGAUCUUCUCCGACGAUGCUGCAGUAAAAAAGACAUAGCAAGAGUAUUAUAUCCUCAGAGUUCACAGCUCUUUCGCACUAUAUGGCACCUGAGGCUCUGAAGGCAGUGAAACCCUCCCAAAAGUGGGAUGUCUACUCAUACGGCGUGAUUUUGCUGGAAGUGAUAACGGGAAGAUCCCCUGUAGUUGAGGUGGGCACAUCUGAAACGGAUCUUGUAAGUUGGAUCAUGGAGGAGAGGAAACCAUUGUCAGAUUGUAAAGCCAUCGCCUGUGUGAAUACAAAUCCUGACAAAAGACCUACCAUGAGACUUGCCUCUGACACUUUGGACGCAUCAGUUAGUGGGCGGUGAGGUGAGUCUUAUUGUUUUGGUUUUCUCUGAGAGAGAGCUAAUUAGAGAAUUUAGAGUGUGAUUAUUUUACUUCAGGAGAUUGUGUCAUGGUGUUGAUGUUUGUGAAUUGCAAAGUGACGAUGUCUAAAUGAAAAGUUGCGAUUUGUUUGUUAGAGAAGAUGCAGAUCUUGUGG